GUGCGCUGGGGUAGAAGCUGACCUGUUGGAACUGGCCUUGGUAUCACUAGACAUUGCCCUGCUGGAGCUAUCAGUGCUAACAUUUCUUGCUGGCAUCGUGACUUUCCUCUAUGAGGAGUUCAGUUCCAAGUCGAACAGCCAUGGCCACAUGUGCCAUGAAAUCCACGACACACCGGGCACACCGUCGCCCGCGUCGCACACAGAGCUGGAGCUCAUGGAGCUGAAAGAGCCAAAAUCCCCAAAGGUGGUAGAACCGGAGCAGAAGGCGAAGGCACGGGAAGACCUACCGGAGCCUGAGCCAGAAGGUUGCGACGAAGAAGCGAAGAAAUUCUUAGAGGUGAUCCUAGAGCGAUUCCCCGGCGAAGCCUGGGGAUUGUGCUGGCAGCGAACUGCUUUUGAUGAAGAGAGGCUCAUCUUUGCUGGAGUGGAUCCCAACACCCCUGCAGGGCAACAACAGCAAGAGCGAAAAGAGCAAGGCAGACUAGUGGCAGGAUAUGGCAAGGGAAGGCCAACGCUAGAGGAACCCGAUGAAAUUGAAGACGUGGCCUGGAUGCACGAUUGGGAAUACAUGAUGGACAAUCGAGAUGGGCUCGUCGUUUUAGUGGCUGGCAGCCAGGCUUAUGCUUUGCAGACGCCUGGAGGCCAGCUGGAAGCAUACCUUUGCAGCACUUUGGAGAGAUGCCUGGGGCAAUGCAGGCGUCCUCCCUGGCAGCAGGAGGACCUUUUGCUGCAACUGAAAAAGACGCAUGCCAUCGAGUUUGAGUGGAAGUGGUGGUAUGGUUGGCUGGAACUACUGGCAGGCACCACCACAGCCAGUCGAAAUGAUGGCAGCUCCUCAGGAUGGUCAACUACAGAGGACUGCAAGCCCACCACGCAGACGGAAGAGGUACAGCGCUUUGCAGAGCAUGGCUGCUCCGUACUAUGCUUGGGCUGCUCAGAAGGCAUGCUCUUCGGUAUCGAUUACUCUGCGUGGUCGGUGGGACCGCAAUUUAUGGGAGUGAAACUGAUACCUCCAGGCCUGCAUUAUGUCUACUGCAGCGCCAGUGCCGCUGAAGACAUUGGUAUUUGUAGGUCAGGGUUCUUUCUGCAUAUGAAGCCCAAGGAUGUGGCUGUCUUCCGCUGGGAUCCUGAAAAUGAAGAGCUCAUUAGACCUGAAAACGAGGAGUCUGUCAGAUAUGCCGAUGGUGUCCGAAGCUUCGACUUUGAUCGGAAUUUGGGUCCAUAUCCGUUGGAACUGCGAGAGCAGUGGGCAGAACUCACAAGGCAUACCACGGCAGAGUUGGUUCAGAAGAUCGAACCGAUUUCUGGUCGUGUGCGCUCUAAACGCGCGGAGUAUGAUGCUGCUACAAAUCCCAAAGCCGCAGAGGACAUGGAUUUGGAGAAGCCAACUGAGAUAGAGUCCAAUACCGGCUCUUUGUUCUUUUCCAAUUUUCCUCGGAUUCGGCGCAAAAAGGGCAUCAGUGCAGCUGAAAUGACGCACCUCUACAUGGACCGGACACCACAGCUGGAAGAGAUGAUUGCAAAACAGUACUCAGGCAAUGAACUCGCCAUCCUUGGUGAGUUGCAGCUGUCCUACAUAUCCUUCCUGCUGGGGCAGAACUUCGACGGCUUCGAGCAAUGGCGUGCCCUCCUCCUGCUGCUUUGUAGUUGUGAGGAUGCAGCAUUGAGAAGAACAGAACUCUUUGCCGAGCUCCUGCGAACAUUUUUCACCCAGCUUAGUCAAGCUCCAUCUGAUUUGUUUGGGGAUGACUUAACCAAAGAGAACUUCUUGGGCAGUUGCGCCCUCUCUCUCCUAGAGAUUUGCAACACGGAUGCACCAAAGCUUCAGAAGCGAUGUAGCAAGCUUCGUGAGCUCGUUGAAGAGAAGUUCGGCCUCUCAACGGAGGACCUGGCUUUGCUUGGAGAAGAUGCACCUGAAGUGGUGGAUUUGCAGGGCCAGGAUUUUAUCCUCAGAGAGGAUUGCAUGGGUAAGAAGACAUAUCGCGCAGGACACAGACUAACAGCACGGCGUUUGCGGGCUGCACAGCGGGCAGCCGAACAGGCAGCACCACUAGCUGCAAACAGCGAGGCCAGCGAUGGUGCCGAGGCAGUAGAAGGAUCUACCCGGACCAAGCCGCGACGCCGCGCGGGUGUACGGGUCCGGCGCCGCAGGGAGCAUGCCUUGAAGCGCCGUGAGGCAGCAGAACAGGGACAAGCGGCAGAGCCUCUUCCUCCUGGUCUUCGAGAUGCGCCGUUCGAUCACGCCGCAGCUCAGACUGAGGCUUCCAGAGACGGAGGCGCCUCUUCCAAAGCAUCCCAUGCAACAAGGCCAAGCGUUGGCGGGCGCUCUCGUGGCGCUUCCUCCAUGGCAGAACCACCCCCACAGGAGAGCUGUGAACGUGAUAUCAUUGGAGAAAAAGUCUUGAUCAAUGGCCUGGUGCAAGCACCGCACCUCAAUGGGCAUUGGGGUCACGUUACCGAUUAUGAUCCGGCACAGCGCCGCUACGCCGUGCAGGUCCUCGGGGCACCGUUGCUGCUGCACCUGCGGCGUGAAGUGCUGGUCCUGCCGAAGACAAGUCCUCCAGGACCCGAAGAGCUUCGGGGGAAAUGGCAACCAAAUCUGCGCAUGUAG